AUUGCCGUACAUAUUUCUUUUUUGAAUAAAUUAUCUAUAACACAAAAUUAUUACGAGAAUUGACAAAAAUGUUCUGUAUAUUGUGAGAAUUCAUCUUUUAUUAUUCAGAAGUUAACUGAACAUACAUUUCGCAAUUGAAAAGGUGCUUGUAAAAUAUGAAGCUGUUGAAGCCGCUAUGGGUGGCAGGCAAGCGACAGGUCAGCACUUGGUCCCCGCUGGCUACAGCCUUCAACACAAGACCUACAUCCAGAUCCAGGCCUAUGUUUGACUCUUUGAGAGAGAGGACUGGCCUCUUCAACAAACCAGAGCUGCUAAGCUUUGAAGGUUUCAACUCGUUGAAAGAACAAGCAAUAGCAGCCACGGACAGGUUAAUAGAUGAAGCCACAUCAAACCCCACGCGGCCUAUGGUUGACAUAUUUGAUGAGCUGUCAGAUACUCUAUGCAAAGUUGCGGAUUUAGCGGAAUUCGUUCGGAUCGCUCAUCCGCAACCGCAUUUUGCGAGUGCGGCAGAAGAGGCCUGUAUUAGUGUUAGCGGGGUUGUAGAGAAAUUAAACACACACAAGGGCCUAUACGAAGCUCUAAGAGACUCAGUCAAACGAGGGACAUGUGGUGAUCGCCACUUGGCAGAACUUUUCCUCUUCGACUUCGAGCAAAGCGGUAUACAGUUGCCCGAUGGACCCAGACAGAGGGUGGUGGCCCUCAACGACCUCAUUCUGCAGACAGGACAGCAGUUCAUGGCAGGAGCUGCGAAGCCGAGGAGGGUUCCACGGGCGGCCAUUCCGCAGAAUGUAAGACAAUUUUUCAGCUCGGAAGGCGAGCACGUGACGGUGAGCGGCGUGUACGCGGAGUGCGGCGAGGCGGCGGCGCGCGAGGCCGCCUACCGCCUGUACCUUGCGCCCGACGCCCGCCAGGAGCAGUUGCUAUGCGCCACCCUGCGGGCGCGUCACCAGCUGGCCGACCUGUGCGGCUUCCAGUGCUACGCGGACAGAGCGAUAAAAGCAAGUACUAUGGAGACGUCAUCUAACGUCCGGCAGUUUCUGGAUAUUCUGUCAGACAACUUACAUGACCGCGCCAACAUUGACUUCGAGGCCAUGACGGAAAUGAAACGCAAGGAGACUCCUUAUCAGAAAUCGCUUAUGUGCUGGGACACGCCCUACUUCACGCACAAAGCAAAGACGCAACUUCUGAACGUGGCGUCAUCGGACUUCAACCCGUAUUUCUCUCUCGGCGCAUGCAUGGAGGGACUCAAUAUGCUUUGUCAAGAGCUGUAUGGAAUCACCCUGCAGUCUGAACAAAUGUUGCCAGGUGAGUCUUGGUCCCCGGACGUGUACAAGCUAGCGGUGGUUGCGGAGGACGAGGGUCUGCUGGGACACAUCUACUGCGACCUGUACGAGCGGCCCGGCAAGCCGCACCAGGACUGCCACUUCACCAUCCAGGGCGGGAAACUCCUGCCCGAUGGAUCCUAUCAGAAUCCGAUCGUCGUAGUUAUGCUAUCACUGAGCGGGGGGCACAGAUCGGGACCAGCGUUACUUGGACCCGGUGCCGUAGACAAUCUGUUCCACGAGGUGGGCCACGCGAUGCACUCCAUGCUGGCUCGGGCAAACCACCAACACGUGGCGGGCACCAGGUGUGCCACUGACCUUGCCGAGCUGCCUUCAGUGCUAAUGGAGCACUUCGCUGCAUGUCCUGAUGUGGUGCGUCGGUUCGCGCGACACUUCCAGACGGGUGCCCCGAUGCCGGAAGACAUGCUCCAAAGACUCUGCGCCUCCAAGCAUCUGUUCGGCGCCAGCGAAAUGCAGUUGCAGGUGUUCUACUCUGCGCUGGACCAGCAGUACCACGGGUGCGAGGCGGCGCAGUGCGGCGACACCACGCACGCGUUGCGACAGGUGCAGAAACAGUACUACGGGCUGCCCUACGUCGAUAACACGGCGUGGCAGCACCGCUUCAGCCACCUGAUCGGCUACGGCGCCAAGUACUACUCGUACCUGAUAUCGCGCGCGCUCGCGUGGGCCGUGUGGCGCAAGCACUUCGCGCACGAGCCGCUGAGCCGCAGCGCCGGCGCGGGGCUUCGACACGGCCUGCUGCGCCACGGGGGCUCCAUACCGCCACAGAUUCUCCUCCGCGAUUACCUGGAGACGGAGAUAACCCCCCACACGUUGGCGAUGGCGUUGACAGAGGAGCUGGAUUACCACAAGGACCACCUCGACACUGUGUUCAAGGUCGCUGCCAAGUAAUACCAAGAUGACCUGUUCCAAACACUUCGUGGCCUUGUUCACUGUGGCUACUGGGAUUAAUUCAGUACGCUUAGUAUGAGAUAUGUAUGCUUGAAAUCGCAAUCCUUUUUGUGUAUCGAAACACUGCAACGACAAAGCAUAAUGGAAUCUAAUUUUACUUUUUAGAGCCCGUUUUCACUGACGACGGACAAAGCAAUGCCUAAGUAAGUAACGCCUAAUCAAAGAUAUUUCUAGGCAUACAUUUACCUUUCACCGAUCGAUUUUGCACUAGACAACUCUUAUAACCUUACUUGUCUAUGGUUCUUGCCACAGAGUGUAGUACUUUGUGUUUGUAUUAUCAUAUUUUUUAUUUUUCGUAUGGAUUUAAGGUUUUAGCUCACAAACAGGACAGUGUAUUCAAAGCACACCGGGUGUCAGCUUUAGAAUGUAGUAACAGUAAUUAUUUUAACUAAGAUACAGAUUAAGUUAAUUGUGAAUUACUGAUACAUGGAUUUUUGCAGUCCAAAAUAAAUGCAUAACAAUACGAUAUAAUGAAAAAAAAACGUAUUUAUAUUUAUUUUCAUCUGUCAACUGUCAGUUUACAAUACAUGCAAUCACUACUCACUCUUUUCUUUAUGCGUGCUAUGUAUUGCAUAAAAACCCCAAGACCUGUAAAGCACUGUCAGAUAUGCCAUCUGCUUUGUCCGUCAGUUAAAACUAAAAAAAUAAUCUGUUCGAGAUUUUUAGAUGCUUUACGAUUUUAAUGUUGAAGUUUGUGUAUGUACGCGAAAUAGAAAAGUGUCUUUGAGUAGGUUAAUUGAAAUCAUUUUGGAGGUAUUUAAUUGAAUUUGAGUCUCUUUAACGGUACGAUAUGGUUUGUUCCUAGAUUACAUGAUAGGUACAAUUCGCGACGAAAUAUGUAUUUAAAACAAAAGAAAUGCUGUUACACUAAAAUCAACACGAAUUAGUUUUUUUGUUUUAUUUUAAUUUAUGGACUAGUCAUCAUUAUUAACCAGGCACAGGUCGUCUUUAAGAAUAACGCUACGCCAAGUUUGGAUUGAUAGAUUUCACACGACUUUUGUGAACAUUGUGAGAACUCGGGCAUGCAGGUUUCCUCACUAUAUUUUCCUUCACCGUUAAAGCAAGUGACAAUUUAAUUUCUUAAAUUGAAAACGCACGUAACUCCGAAAACUUAGAAGUUCGUGUCAGGGAUCGAACUCGGUCCACCCGUAAAGGAGCCGGCCCCUUAAUCACUAGGCUAUUAAUCCUAACUUUGCAACGGGUAAUGAAAUUGAACUCCACGACAAACACACAGAAUAAAGAACAUACAGAAACCGUGUACACUAUUACAAUAGAAGCAUCAAAAACCACUCUACUUUAGAAGUGUUUCUCGAACAGGCGGU